AUGUCGCGCAGAGAAGAUUGCAAAAUUAUCUACAGUGACAACGCGUCAACAUUUACAUGUGCGGCAAAACUGAUAUCAGAAGAUCCUACCCUAGCCAACUGGUUGUCAAGCAAGGGUAUCAAGUGGAAAUUCUCCCCCAGCCUAGCUCCCUGGUGGGGCGGAUUCUGGGAGCGAAUGGUGCGCUCCGUUAAAGAACCGUUAAGGAAAGUGUUGGGGAAAAUGAAAGUGAACUACGACCAGCUUCACACCAUUUUGGUCGAAAUCGAAGCUAUCGUGAACUCACGGCCUCUCACUUAUGUGUCUGGAGACGCACAAUCAUUUGAAGUUUUAUCUCCGCAAAAGCUGCUGACUGGAAGACAACCUGGUCCCACAACACAGUCACCCGACUCUACGAAAAUGAGCUGUCACGAACUCAUCGAAUUGGAUAAGCAAAAAAGCGAGCACGCACUAACAUGGUGGAGGCUUUGGCAAGACUCGUACUUGUCCGACCUUAAGCGAUUUUACUGUCGCAAAGGCAAGGGUACGAGAAUCCCACGUGUUGGCGAAGUCGUCUUGUUAAAAGAGCCGAACAUCAAGCGAGUGUCAUGGCCGACGGCCAUUGUUACACAAUUGGUCCCUGGCUACGACGGCAAGGUGAGAGCUGUUACCCUACGGCUACGAUCGAGAAAGGAAACCACCAGAGGCAUCCAGACUGUCUAUCCUCUAGAAGUGCAAGCCGAUAUCCACACACCAGUCGACGACGCUGAAGCCGGCGGAAAAGAGAAAACUAAAUCCAAGAAGAAAAAGAAGAAUCCACUCCGCAAGAAGAAUUUGGAAUCGCAGGAGGAGCUGGCGAUUCCGGCGGGGAGGAUGUUGCGGAUUCCCAAAAAGACAACAACCAUGGUGUUUCCAGAUUCGGAAGGCCCAGCCUUCUUAGUGGCCGAUGUCGAGUGUUCGCUACACGGAAUUAAAAGUGAAUACUUUCGGGUCAAACUACGCAGAAAGCACCGUACUGAAAACGUACAGCGUAUGGGUGGUACCCGAGAAUCACGAGAAGAUAAAGAUAAGGGCUACAGCAGUUGA